AUGUCGCAACAAGAGCCAUCAAGUUCGCAACAACGACAACAACACCAUAACGAAGCCACAACAACAACAACAACAGAACACAAAGAAGACUCUGAGAAAUUUCUUCUCAAAAUUCGUUUCUCUCACUCGGGUGAAACGCAUUCCGUCUUAUUAACGAGAGGUGCUGCAACCACGAUCCAACAACUGAUCAGGCUUAUUACCGAUCAAUGUAUUAUGAAACAUGAAAGCCUUCGGAAUGAAUACUCUCGAAAGCCAAUCAUGAGGCUCAUUCAUAAUGGGCGUUUAUUGACUGGAACCAAUUCAAAACCAACUUCUCAUGUAAAUUCCGAGUUUUUGCCCAUCUCUGUGUUUCAUAUUGAAAAUCAUUCUUUUAUUCAUUGUGCAUUCUCGGAAAAGCAAAGUAAUUCAUCUUCUGUAAAUAGUCAAAGCAAUAUUCAUAAUACCACACCUGUAGGAGCCUUCUAUCAAGGUUUUGAUGUUUUACUGAAUGCAGGAUUAGCACGAGAAGAAGUCAAUGAAGUGCGAAGACAAUUCUAUGCCUCAAGAAGUAAUCUAAUAGACAUGCAUCGGAGAGGACAACUCACUCAGAAUGACAUGUAUCAAAUUGAGCAGGAAUGGAUGAAUGAAUCGAGCACAACAACUUCAUCAUCCUUUCCGACAUCACCACCAACCACUGGUUCAACAGCAAUUUCGCUUACACCUCAACAACAAGAGCAACAACAGCAAUUACAGGAACAGCAGCGCAAUGAUCGUGUUGGAAAUGUCUACACGUUCUUUCUAGGUGUGUUGCUUGGCUUUUUCUUUGGGAUUAUCACUGUUGUGGCAUUGUUAGAGAGAAAGGCAUUGUCAAAGAGGCUUGUUCUUGGAAUUCAGAUUGGUGUUGUCGCUAAUAUUGUUGUCUCUGUGUUCAGAUAUUAUUAUCCUAGUUUGUUGCCAUACUUGUUGUAA